GGUGGCCGCCAUCAAGACGGACAUCACCAAGCUACAGACGAGACYGGAYGCCGCUACAAAKAYGUUCAAGAUGCCGCACUUCGACAUCUGCAAGUUCGACGACUACAACAAGUCGGACGCUUUGACAUGGUGGCAACGUUUCCUCACGGAAGCGUCAUGCCGCACUGUCCCGGCGAACGACAUGUUGAAGGCACUCUAUUUGCAACUGAUUGGAGGAACGCAGGCAUGGAUGAACCACCUGGCGGCCACCCACAAGUGCACCAUCGCCGAACUCCACACGCACAUCACGUGGAAGGAGUUCGAGCAGCUAUGGUUCACCCGGUUCAUGGUCCGCAACGUCGUGAAGGCGGCCAUGAAUGAGGUGUAUACAUGCUCUCAGGGGAACAUGCCAACUCGAGACUGGACAACGAAGUGGCAAAAGAUAGUGACCACACCAGGCUUCGACUUGACGUUUCCAAAUCAACGAUCCGAGUUCUUCUCGCGAUCAUSCDCRSGAUUGCGGUCGGCACUCGGUAAUGAGUACGACUAUACCACAUUCCAGGSCAUUCUGGAUCGAGCGAACUUGGUCAUCCAAACGGACGACAAGGCCGCUAACGAGAGACAAUCCCAGCCGCAUUAUGUGGCUAAGCAGGCCUAUCAACGUCUAGCACAUAACAAUGUCGUGAUUUCUGAGGAAACCGACGACCACCACGCUGCAGCAGCAUCCUCGGGUGAUAGAGGAAUUGUCGUAGCGCUCCCGUCGAAGCGUCCCAAGAGAGUUCGUAAGAACAAGGCGACACAAGAGACGGCAGCGACGGGAGCUGGGCAGCCAUGGACGGCAUAUAAGAUCACCAAGGAGGUCUAUGACCUACGUCAGAAGUACUAAUACUGCCUUUGGUGCAACGGAGUCACCCAUAUGACCGCACAAUGCCCCGAAAAG